AGUUAUAACAAUGUCAAACAUUAACGAAUUCUUAAACGAAACCAUUGAAAUUGGACAAAAAUUAACUAAUGCUAAAUCGAAUAUUACAAAGAUUCAAGAACUUCAAGCACAAUUAUUAGAUAAUCAUAUAUCAACAAUAAAAGAAGAUUUGUUGAAUAAAGAAAGAGAAAAUUUCGUAUCUAAUACAAGAAAUUUACUUAUAGAAUGUAGAGAUCAAAUUAAAAGAAUUCAAUAUGAAAAUGCUCAUGUUCCUUCAUCGGAUCCUAAUUUUGGUCCAAGACAACAAAAAUAUGAAUAUUUAAGAACAAAAUUGUGUAAUGUAUUAGAAGAUUAUCGUCAAGUUGAAAGUGAUUUUAUGAAACGAACCAAAGAUUGUAUGACAAAACAAUAUAAAACUUGGAACCCAAAGGCAACUCAACCAGAAAUUGAUUACUAUAUAUCAAAUUCUGAUUCUCAACUUAUAUCCCUGCUCGCUUUAUUAAAAAUAAAUGGAAUAAAAGGAGCUAAACAAGUCUUAGCAGAGUUACAAAAACGUAAUGAAUAUAUUAAAAAUAUCGAAUAUACCGUCGCCGAACUUGCUGCUUUAUCGCGAGAUUUUCACGAAUUUCAUGAACAAAAUGUACAAGAUGUAGGAAAUGAUUAUUGUGUAUUAUCAUAGCAUCUGAUGACGUAUUUAUUGAUGAUGACGUGAUUUAUUGAUGAUCCGCAAAGAAAUCGGCAACCACUAGG